GCUACUUAGUUACUUAAACUUAAAAUUCUUAUCAAAAAUUCUACAAAGUUAAUGAUUUAUCAAAACGGGAGGAUUAUAUAAUUUGGAUAUUAAAUUGUUUACUUAAUAUUAAACAGGAAAAAAAAACAAAACAUCAAGAUUUUACAUGAGAAAAAUGUUCUAAAUAUGAUUUGUUGAAUAAUAUUUUUGAAUCACUUAAGCACCAUUGUGAAUUAAUUAUAUUUAUCAAGUGCCUCAAAUAAAAUAUUUAUUAUUGUAGUUAUACAAAAAGAAAUUAUAAUAAGAAAUAAAAUUACAAGUUAUUUACAAUAAAAUUUAAGAAAAAAGAAGAAGAAACAGGCAAUUUUCCCUUAAAAAUAAAACAAAUGUUUACAAAUUAUAUUCGAUCAAUGAUCAAUCAAAAUCUCUUAAUAGAAAUUCAAAUUUAUUUAAUUACCACUGCAGUUGGUGGAUAAAAAAAUAAACCAAAAAAUCCAAAAAUCUGAAAUAAAAACAUAAAAUAAAUGUUUAAACUUAAACAAAAAAUAAAAAUAUAUUUUUACAUAAUUUGACAAUAUUUCAAAUUUUAAAAUAAUUAACAAAAAAAGGGAAAUAUAAAGGACUUAAAAAUUUUAUAUACAAAGGAUCCAAAUAACAUAAAGUACAAAAUAAUUCAACAAGAAAUAUAAAAAAAAAUUGAUUUCAUUUUUAAUAUUUAUACAAAAUUAAGAAAAAAAGGAAUUUUAUAUAAUAUAAUAUAAUAUAAAAGAAAUUGGCGGAAUUAAACACAGAUGGCACCAGCUGAUGACGCACUUAAACUUAAUGAAAACUCUAAAACCCACAAGAAUUUCUCAUCAGAUACAAAUCUAUCAGAUAUAGUUGGGGAUCUUAGUCAAAGUAAUAAAAGUUUAGACAUGAUACCAGAAAAAUCACAAAAUAUUACCGUUGUUACCGUUGUUGGUGGUGGCAGUGGUGGUGGUGGUGGUUGUACCAACAAUAAUAAUUUUAUUGAAGCAAAAAAUGUUGCUUUUAACAAAAAUUUUUCUAUAUUACAACAACAAACAACAAUAAAAAGUAAUAAUGAAAUUGGAACAUCAACAUCAGAAACUAUGCAACAUAAUGUUGCAACAAAUAAUAAUAAUAACAAUAAUAAAAAUGAUAAACUUGCCAAAGAUAUUGAUGAAUUAGCGAAAAUCUAUCAUGAAGAACAUGAUGAAUUAAUUAAAGGUAAAACAUGUGCUACUGUUACCAAUACCACUAUAACAUCAAACAUAUCUAAAAAUAAUAAUAAUAAUGAUAAUAUUAUUAAUUCAAGUAUCAUUAAUACGGAUAAUGAAGAUGCCGGUGAAGAUGCUGAUGAUGAAGAUGAAUUUGAAAGAGUUUUUGAAAAUUCAAUGCAAAAUUUAGAAAAAAAUAUGGAUAAUUAUGAAUCAUCAAGUUCUGAAAAUUCAGAUUGUGAAUAUUGUGAUACAGAACCUCCAUCUACUAAUAUUAUAAAUACAAAUUAUGAAUAUAAAUCGGGUAAUAAUUAUAUUAAAAAUAUGAUUAAUAAUUUACCAUCAAUUAAUCAAAGUGGCGGUUUAACAAUUGAAACACCACCAAUUAAAAUCAAAUCAAAUGGUAAUACAAUAUAUCGUACUCGAGCUGAAAAAUUAAGAGAAAAUGAAUUAAAGGAAUCAAAUAAUAAAAAUAAUGAUGGAUCAGAUAUUAGUGAUUCAGAUGAAGAUUGUCCAAAUAAAAUAAUUGAUGAAAUUGCUAAAUCACCGAAAUUAUUACCAAAUGAAAUGUUAAAUAAUCAUAAAAUAUUUUUAUUUAGACCAUUUAGUUUACCAUUUCAAGAACGUCGACGUUUAUCACAAUGUAAAGAAGAAGAUGAAAAUGAAGAUUGUGAUAAUAAUAAAAUUUCAUCACAAAAAUCUGAUCCAACUGUUCAAACAAAUACAAAUGAUUUAAUAAAUCCAAGAAGAGAAAGAAAUUCAUAUAAAAAUUUACGAUCUCCACCAGUACCUGAAAGUCAAUUAAUGUCAGAAAAAUUUAAAGAAUUAGAACGUCUUCGAGAUCAAUUUCGACGAAAAUUAGAAGAGAUUCAUCCAUCAACAAUUGGAUCAGAAUCAUUAGAAAUUGAUAAUACAAAUAUUAUUAAUAAUAAUAUGGGCACAAAUUCAAAUAGUACAAAUAAUAAUUUAAAUCCAAAGGUUUAUAAAGGUAAAUUUGUUGUUACAAAAGCUGAAGAUCCAUCAUCACAAAUAUUAAAUAAUCAAACAACAAAUAAUAUAAUUAAUAAUAAUAAUGUUAAUAAUGAUAAUAAAAAUAAUAAUAAAAAUAUAAUACAAAAUGAUGUUCCAAAAUUACGUUCUGAAGCUGUUAAAUUAAGAAGUUUACAACCACAAAUGAAUUCCUUUACAAUACAUUUUCCGAAUAGUAAAGGUAUUAGUGGACAUACAAGAAUACAAAGUUUAUUUGGACCAAAAACAAAUGAAAAUAAUAAUGAUAAUACAAAUAUAAAUAAUCAUAAUAUUAAUAAUAAUGAUUUAAAAAGGCAUACAGUAUCAUUUCAACCACAUUUAGAUAAAAAAUUUUUUGAUACAUCAUUAGUUGAAAUACGUCCAAUAUCUGAUAGUACAAAAUCAUUAGAUAAUUGUGAUAGUAUUAAAAAAAUUACUGAUGAUUUACAUAAUAUAUGGGUACCGAGACCAUCUAAUAGUGUUACGCCUGCAUCAUCAAAAACAUCAGUUGAUGAUCAAGAUGGUAAUAAAUCGGCUACACCAUCAAGACCUUCAAGUGCACCAGCUGAACCAAAUGCUAAAGCUGCACGUAAAGCAUCUAAAAAAAUGGAAAAAGAGGCCAGACGACAAGAAAAAGAACUUCGUAAUAAAGAAAAAGAAGCACGUAAACGAUUAGAACGUGAACAAGCAAAAUUAGAAAAAUUAAAUCGUAAUUCAGAGAAAAUGGCACGUAGUACAGAACGUUUAGCACCACGUUCUGGUUCAUUAGAACGUCGUCGUAGCGGUGAUGAAUCACCAGUACUUAAUCAAUCAACUGUACAUGGUAUAGCAAGUCCAAAUAGAAGACCAACAAUAUUUGAUGUAUUUAGACCGAGAACAAAAUCAGAUACAAAACGUAAAGAAAAAGAUGCAGCAUUACAUAGUGGUUCAGAAAAAGAUAAUAGUAGUACAAGUAGUAAUCAUAGCGGUUCCGGUGGUAUUAUGAAAGCAAUGAAACAUGCUGUUCAAAAUACAGUUGGACAUCAUCGGCAUCAUCAUAAUCAUCAAGCAACUAGUGAAAAACCAUCUGUUAAAUAUAGAGAUGGUUCAGCACAUCCACAUCCUGGUAGUGAUGCACAGUAUUAUCAUACUGUGACAGCUGUUAGAAGAGCAGAUGUUUCACGUUCUCCAAUGACAAAAGUUAUGGAUUUGUUUAGGUAUCGUUCUAAUUCAGCAGUAAAUGAAGCUGAUAAAAGAAAAGCGAGAGCUGCUGCACAUCAACAAUUACUUGCCGCUCAAAGUGCACAUAUGCGAAGAGCUUCAGCUGAUUUAGAAAAACGUAGAGCAUCAAUAGGCGUAACAAGAGGCUUAAGGGCAGAUGGUACAUUAGAUCCACAUCAUGCAGCAAUAUUAUUUAGGGAUUCAAGAGGGUUACCAGUGGCAGAUCCAUUCUUAGAAAAAGUUAGCCUUUCAGAUUUAGAAGAAGAUGAAUCACAAAUAUUUGUUAAAUUCUUUCGUUUUCAUAAGUGCUAUGAUUUAAUACCAACGUCAGCUAAAUUAGUCGUAUUUGAUACUCAAUUAUUAGUUAAAAAAGCAUUUUAUGCAUUAGUAUAUAAUGGUGUUAGAGCAGCUCCAUUAUGGGAUUCACAAAAACAACAAUUUGUUGGUAUGCUAACAAUAACAGAUUUUAUUAAAAUAUUACAAAUGUAUUAUACAUCUGCGAAUUCAUCAAUGGAUCAGUUAGAGGAACAUAAAUUAGAUACAUGGAGAAGUGUUCUUCAUAACCAAGUAAUGCCUUUAGUCAGCAUUGGACCUGAUGCAUCAUUAUUUGAUGCUAUAAAAACAUUAAUACAUAAUAGAAUUCAUCGAUUACCGGUUAUAGAUCCGCUGACAGGAAAUGUUUUAUAUAUAUUGACACAUAAACGAAUACUUAGGUUCCUGUUCUUAUAUAUUAAUGAAUUACCAAAGCCAUCAUAUAUGCAAAAGAAAUUACGAGAUUUGAAAAUUGGAACAUAUAACAAUAUUGAAACAGCGACAUCUGAAACUAGUAUAAUAGCGGCUUUAAAGAAAUUCGUUGAGCGAAGAGUUUCAGCGCUUCCAUUGGUAGAUUCUGAAGGAAGGCUAAUUGAUAUAUAUGCAAAAUUCGAUGUGAUCAAUUUAGCAGCAGAAAAAACAUACAACGAUUUAGAUGUAUCAUUACGUAAAGCAAAUGAACAUCGUAACGAAUGGUUUGAAGGUGUUCAAAAAUGUCGUUUAGAUGAAACAUUAUAUACAAUUAUGGAACGUAUUGUUAGAGCUGAAGUACAUCGUUUAGUUGUUGUUGAUGAUAAUCAAAAAGUUAUUGGAAUAAUCUCUUUAUCCGAUAUAUUAUUAUAUUUAGUUUUAAGACCAACUGGUGAGGGUAUGGGUGGAUCUGAACAAUCUCUAAGAGAAUCAGAUCCAAUAUUACAAAGUAAAAGUUCAUUAGAUGAUGAUGAUGAUGUUAGUACAAUGCCUGCUACUGAAGUACCAACAGGUGAUGAUGAUAAUAAUAAAACACCAUCCGGUUCAACGGGAUCAAGAAGUUUUGCUGAAGAUAUUCAAGAAGAAAAUGGUGUUAUUAAUAAUAAUGAAAAUAUAAUGAAUAAUAAAAAUAAAAAUAAUAAUUCUGAUGAUAAAUUAAAUAAUAAUAAUAAUAAUAGUAAUAAUAAUAGCGAAGCAGAUGGUGAUAAUAGUAACGAUAGUCGCAAUAAUAGUGAUAAUCAAUUGAAAAAUAUCAAUAAUAAAGAUUAUGAUAAUGAGGACGAUGAUAAAAAAUUAAAUGAAAAAAAUAUGGGUGAUAAAUUAUUAGAUGAUAUUGUUGGUGACAGUGGUGCAGAUGAUAACACCGAUAAUUCCAAAGAUUUAGUAGAAGAUCAAAAACAAUUAAUUGAAAAUUGUAUUUUAAAGAAAGAUAAAUCUGAUGAGGAUGUACAAUCUUUAAAAGCGGAGGAUAAUAAUAUUAUUUCAGUACCAGCUGUACGUGAAGUUGGCUUGGUUAGCGAAUAAAAUGAUUAUAAAAUAAAAAUAAAUAAAACAAAAAAAAAAAUUUGAAUUUUUUUUUUUUUUUCUUAUCAAAUAAGUUUUACACAUUAUACACACACAAUUUUGUAAUUAUAAUUAUUAUUAUUGAAAAAAAAAUAAAAAAAAAAACAACAACAACAUACAUACAUAUUUAAUAUACAAAAAAUAUAAUUAUAUAUAAAAAAAAAAAAGAAAUAAAAAAAUUAAAAUAAAAACAAAGUUGAAAUUAUUUAUUAGAGAAAAUUUUCCAAAUUUUAAAGAUAAUAAUUUUUUUUUUUAAAUAUUUAUAUUAAAUUAUAAGCAGAAUAAAUUAUUAAUUAUAUUAAAAAUUUAUUGUAGAUCUUUUAUCAAUCAUUUAUUGAAAUUUUAAUUUAAUUUAAUUAUUUAAAAAGCAUUUAAAUUUGCUACUAAAUAAAUAGAAAUAAACCAAAUUUAUAUUCAAAUAUUGAUUAAAGAAGAAGAUUAUUUUUUUUUAUAAGAAACUAAAAUAUUGAAUAAUUUUAAAAUGAAUUAAA